AUGUCUGAAACACCUCUGUCUCAAUCAGCGAAAAUGAGCUUGAAAGAUUAUUUGAAAAUGAAAAAUUCUGAGGAUCUUACUGAAGCGUGCGAAUCACUUGGUUACAUUAGCAAAACCAUUCAUGGAAACAUGAAGAUGUACACUGUUGAGGAGUUUUUCUCAUGUGAACUUGAAUACUCUUCUAUUUUGGAAUACUUGCAGGGAGAAUUGGAUAAUUUUGAACCAAAAUUCCAAAACCCAAGUGAUGUAGCAAAAAAAGCUUCUCAUCUGUUAUUGACAGCAAAACGAAAAGAAUUCGAACAGAUCGUCAAGAACCAUCAGAAUCUUUCGAUAGGAAGAAGAAACUGCGCAGCUAGCAAUAUUUUCAAAUAUUCUGAAGUCUUGAAAUCAACUGAACAUCAUCGAAUUCAAUUGAUGGAUGUAAACUUGGACAGCACGAGUUUCAUUGACGAGAGACAAAGAAGCGCCGGAAACCCCAACUUCGAGAGCUCCCAAUCAAAUGAGAAACGGAGAGAUUUUAGAAGGGCAUUGAAUGAAGAGGACGCGAUGGCCCAUAAAUCCAUAACUGCGCUUUUUAAGAAGCUCGAUAUUAUCUGUUUAUCGAGCUUGAACCAAGUUAUGGAGAAGCAUUGCAAUACUUCCAAAUUCUUGUUGGAGAUUGUAAGGGAUGCCAGAACAAAAAGGUUGGCCACAACAAGUCCUCUCAUCUCCGAAAUUGUAGAGAAGUGGAAAUGGGAAACCAUCGCAGUUGCCUACGAGUUGUAUGCCUCCGAGACGCCUGCGGCCUACAAAUCUUCGACAAUUUUGUAUUACAUCAUUGGUUUUGUCAACUUUGCACGAAUGUUUGGACCUGGCGCUUUAUCAUGGGUUUAUUAUUUCUUUCAUUAUAACCGGUGCUGUCGGGCAGCUAUAUUUUUGGAGAAGCUCCUUGUUGAAGUUGAGCCAUACAAAAGCGAGGCGUUUUCUGAAUUCAAUGUUCAGAACUAUACUUCUAUGGCAUUGUGCGAAAACACUGAACAUUCAAAGCUAUCCACAGAGGUCUUGGAUAAGCUACUUGACUCUGAUGUGAAAACAUAUAAUGACUUUGUGGCCCCUGAUCUUUCUCAGCGGGAAAUCGCGUUUGAGAGGAUCCAGAAAGAAUCUAAUAAGAUGAAAGCUGUUUCCACUAAAUUUGAGAGGGAUAUCAUAGAGUCAAAAAUUUCGAGCAGCAACUCUUGGAAUAUGCUGGUCUGGAAUUUUGAUUUAUCCGUCGAACCUCAUGCAACAAUCAUGCAGAGUCAAAUUGAUAGGUUGAUCUCCCUGAAUAAGCAAAUUGGCUGCAAUCGUUUUUCAGAAAAAAGUUUGCAAAUGCCUGAAUUCUGUAGCCAUCUCGAAUUUGUUCGUUGGCAAAACAGCGAGGUACCCAGGCAAUUGUUGAGGUUCAAAGUAAACUUCAUCCAUCGACGCGACGCUAUCUCACUGAAUCUCCGCCAUCAAUAUGUUCUGGAGUAUAUUCGGUGUCGAGCUGCAGCUGUCAUGGAUUUUUGUUCGAGGAUAGUUUUGUGGCUGUAUCCCAUCUUCUCCGGUGUGUUACAGAAGGCAAACGAGAUAAAGAAAAAGACAAAUCCUAGUGAGAUUGAGUGUCUUCGCCUCGAGUUCUCCAAGAGUUCUGCCCCCUUCUUUUCUUGGCUGAUUAUCAUUUUUGGGGGAACAUUCUGCCUUGCUUUAAUUGUUAGUAAGGGGGUAAUGUUUGUUAGAACCUGUAUUCCCUGGUUCAGGAGGUACUGGAGACAUGAGCCUCUUUUGCCACAAUAA